AUGCCGCCGAUCCCCGAGGCCUCGGCACGCGGCCCCUCCUCGGGCACUCUCAAAGCCUCCCCCUUCGCCGAAUUCGACGCGCACGACGCCGCCUGCGCCGCGGGCGCCGCUGCGCCCGACGACCUCGCGCCCCGCGGGUCGCUGCUGUCCCCGCGGCUGUCGGUGAGCGGCAGCGGCCUCGUGCGGACGCUGUCGCGGACAGCCAGCUCUAUCGCGAGCGCGCCACGCGAGCUCGCGCGGACGAUGAGCCAGCCGCUGAUCCCUGCAUCUGUGCCGCCGCCGACGGUGUGGGAGCUGUGGCGGGUGCGGUGGCGGAUGAUCACGGCGAUGUUCAUGAUCUAUGUCAUCACGCUGUGCAUAUUCCCGGGCUUCCUGGCAGAAGACGUGAAGAACCUCCAGCUCGGCUCGUGGUACCCUGUCAUCUUGUUCCUGGUCUUCAACGUGGGCGACAUGGUCGGGAAGCUUCUGCCCCACUUCCGCCUGGCGCCGGGCCAGACCGCCUGCCUGCUGCUGUCGCUGUCGCGCAUCGUCUUCAUUCCGGCGUUCUAUUGCGCCGCGCGGUUCGGCGCGCCGGCGGCGGUCAUGGCGAUCCUCACGCUCUUGCUGGGCCUCAGCAACGGGUUCCUGACGGCGCUAUUCUUCAAGCUAUCACCCAUCGGCCUCAGGGCCAUCGUGGCGGAGGGCACCGCCGAGUUCAUGGUGAUUGGCUUGGUGGCCGGCCUCAACGUCGGCUGCUACCUCGGAUGGCUGUGGCUGCUCGGCCACUGA